ACUUGUCUCACUCGCUCACUUUCACUUCCCCUGUUUCAGACCUCAGUCUCUACCUCCAAUCAAUCCCCAACAAAAACCCAGUUCAACAAACAUGUCAAUCAUCCCAAUCAACGACCAACGAAGCAGCAGAGACUUCGAUCCCUCGGCCCUCGACCUCUGGGACCCAUUCCUCGACUUCCCGCUCUUCCCUUCUUCACUCUCCAACGUUUUCCACCAACUCAACCCCAGUUCUUCCUCACUGAACUCCCGCUUCGAUUGGAGCGAGACCCGAAACGCUCAUGUUCUCAAGGCAGCUCUUCCUGCUUUUGCAGACGAGGACGUUCUUGUUGAGCUUCAAGAAGAGCGAGUGCUUCAGAUCAGCACUGACAGCGGUAGCUUCAUGACCAAGGUUAAGCUCCCCGAGAGCGCCAAGAUUGAAGAGCUCAAGGCCUUUAUGAGUAAUGGGGUUGUUACUGUUACGGUUCCUAAGGUGGAGGCUAGGAGACCCAAUGUCAGAGUCAUUGAAAUUUCUGGUGAAGAUUGAGGUGAUCAUCUGGGUAAAGUAAGGUGUUGGUAAUCGAGUUUAAUGCACAGUGUCAAUAAAGUCUGUGGCUUUGUGUGUUUAUAUUGUGCUAUGUCCCAGGUAGUCUGAAAUUGUAUUAAUAUGGGAAGAUUAAGUCCACUUCUGGCUAAAUAAGAUUAGUCUUGAUGUCGAAAUGUGAGUAACUGAGUGACGUUUUUGUCGUUGUA